CACUCUAUGAUGAAUUCUUCCAAACCUGCCUAUUUAGAUUACUUUGGCAGAAUCCAUGGAAUUCUACUGUAUAAAGAAUUUAUCCAAUAUUGGCAUGAUGUGGAGGCAUUUGAGGCAAGGCCAGAUGACCUUGUCAUUGUCACCUAUCCCAAAUCUGGCACAACAUGGGUUAGUGAAAUUGUAUACAUGAUUUAUACAGAGGGUGAUGUGGAAAAGUGCAAAGAAGAUGCCAUUUUUAAUCGAAUUCCUUACCUGGAAUGCAGAACCGAAAAGGUGAUGAAUGGAGUAAAACAAUUAAAACAGAUGGCAUCUCCUAGAAUAGUGAAGUCUCAUCUGCCACCUGAGCUUCUUCCAGCCUCAUUUUGGGAAAAGAACUGUAAGAUCAUCUAUGUUUGCCGGAAUGCCAAGGAUGUGGUUGUUUCUUAUUACUAUUUCUUUUUAAUGGUGACUGCUAAUCCAGAUCCUGGUUCUUUUCAAGAUUUUGUGGAAAAAUUCAUGGAUGGAGAAGUUCCUUAUGGUUCCUGGUAUGAACACACAAAAUCUUGGUGGGAAAAGAGAGAGAAUCCACAAGUGCUAUUUCUUUUCUAUGAAGACAUGAAGGAGAAUAUCAGAAAAGAGGUGAUGAAAUUGAUAGAAUUUCUGGGAAGGAAGGCAUCAGACGAGCUUGUGGACAAGAUUAUAAAACACACUUCAUUCCAGGAGAUGAAGAACAAUCCAUCUACCAAUUACACAAUGCUACCGGAUGAAGUCAUGAACCAAAAAGUAUCUCCCUUCAUGAGAAAGGGGAUUGCAGGAGACUGGAAGAAUUACUUUACAGUAGCCCUAAAUGAGAAAUUUGACAUGCACUAUGAGCAGCAAAUGAAGGGGUCUACACUGAAGUUACGAACCGAGAUCUAG